AAUGUAAACGUGAGAUGCGUGAUUUGUAGUAAUAUAGUAUUUCCUGACUCAUUCACUUAAAAAGGGAAAAUAAUUCACAUUUUCCUCAAAAAUGAGGUUUUCAAAGAACCUACUAGUGUUCAUAGUGGUCAUUCUUGCUUAUAGCUAUGGUUUAGAAGAGAGUUGUCCAUCUAUGUGCAAGUGUACAGAAGAACAAGUUGAUUGUAUAAGUAGAGAUAUAGAAGAAGUUCCCGACUUUGAAUCCUUGACCAAUCAUCCACAAGUUAUUGAUUUAUCUGGCAACAAAAUAGCAAUGAUAGGUCCAUACGAUCUAUCGUUCGAGAAAAGCUAUAUGGUCAAAGAGCUAUAUCUCAACAACUCUGAAGUGAUAGACGUCGACAACGAGGCAUUCGACGAUUUGGAAAAUCUUCAGAUGCUUUACUUGGGAGAGAAUUUAUUGCGAGUGGUACCUGAAGACUUUGUCGGCGAGUUAACGGAAUUAAUCCUGUUAGAUCUCUCUGGAAAUCCCUUUGAAGGUAAAAUGCCCGUAGUACGAUCCGACUCAUUAGAAGUGCUUGCUUUAGCUAAAUGUCAAAUAACGGAAGUAACAGCAGAGGCCCUUACAUAUUUGCCGAAUCUCAGAUUGCUUUCUACUUCCAGAAAACAACAUUCAGUACAUAAACCCCGAUGUAUUCCAAGACGUGUCUGAAUACUUCUCCAUCAGGCUCUCCUACAACACCUGGGAAUGCAACUGUAGAACCAUGGAACUGUUUAGCUUUCUCGCAGACAAGAAAUACCUAGACCUGACAGAACCCUAUCAAUGUUCCACGAUUGAUGGUAAAAUGAUUAAUAUUCACGAUUUUCAGAAUAUGGAUGAGUUUAAAAAUGGAUGUAAUGCUACAGAAGAAGAAGCACUAGAGAGGAAGCAAACAAUUGGUAUAGGGAGUUUGUCGAGAGAAGAAAAAACAAACUCUAGUACACCUCUUGAAACAAACUCAAUAAAAAAUCGAACUGUUCGUGUUGUACAGGAAGAAAAUAUAAUAGUUAUCAAAGAUAAUGACAGUAAUCUUAUAUUUGGUGUAUCCUUAAACACUAUCCUAUAUCAAUUUUAAGCUUUUUGUCUGGCUUGAUUUUGGGGUUUUUUCUUAAUCAUUUUGUAAGGCGAAGACAGUACUUGGAAGAGUCUGAUAGUACCACAAAACUUAUUAUAGAAAAUAACGUGCCACAUUAGACUUUAUCAAUAAGAAAAAAAAUAUUUUUUAGUUAUCUCUUGUACAUGUCAUUUAAUACAUUUUUAAAUAAGCU